AUGGAUGAAGGCUGCUGGCAAGCAAAUCCUGGUCUUGGUGAUUGUGCCAGCGCCCGUGGUGGCACUUUCGUCCGUAACCAAUCAUUUUCAUGGUCGACGCAGCGACUACCCAGUUCCGGCCUUCUUCAGCUCAAUACUUUCGAGGAGGGCGGUCUCGGGUUAUCUGGUAACGCGUAUUAUGGAUUCGAAACUGUGACGCUGGGUAUUGCUGGCCAGAAUUUGCCGACUCUCGCGACCCAGCUCGUAGCUGGCAUCGCCACGGACAAUUACUUCCUGGGCAGCUUAGGCUUGAGUCCGAUCAGCUUCAACAUCACGAAUCUGAACAGUCCUCUCCCGAGUGUCCUAGGUCAACUUCGCAACCAGAGUCUAGUGCCCAGUCUUUCAUGGGCGUAUUCAGCUGGAGCCUCGUACAGAAGUCCAGCCAACUAUGGGAGUCUUGUUUUCGGAGGCUACGACCAGUCCUUGAUCGCUAGUACUGGUGUGUUGAAGAAUGCGCCUUUCAGUGGUGACACUUCGCGCGACUUGCAAGUGCAGCUGCAGAGCAUAACAUACGACACACUAGGAAGCACGCCCUUGCUCUCGCAGAACAUAUCAGUCUUCAUCGACUCCAUGGUGUCGCAACUCUGGCUGCCACUUUCCGUCUGCCAGAACUUCGAGUCCGCCUUCAAUCUCACUUGGGAUGACAGCCAGAGCUUGUACGUUAUCAGCCAAGCGGUCCACAAGUCGCUGAUGGCGCAGAACCCGACCUUCACAUUCAGGCUCUCAGGCCACGAUGGAGUCGACAACACCAGUAUCGUAUUACCGUACGCGGCUUUCAACAUGAACGCCACGCAGCCACUGGCCAACACUACAUCUUACUACUUUCCAUUGCAACGAGCCAAGGACGACACGCAGUACACACUCGGCCGAGUGUUCCUGCAGGAAGCAUAUAUCAUCGCCGACUAUGACCGGCAGACUUUCUCAGUCUCGCCACUCAGGUCAAACAGCGCUGCACAGAAACUGGUCCCGAUCUGCGCUCCUGGAAACAGCAAAGUCUGCGGAGGCGGUGGAAUAUCCGGAGGUGCGAUAGCUGGUAUAGUGAUAGGUAUACUAGCUGUGCUCGCGAUCGUCGCCAUCAUGCUCUGGUAUAUCCGGCGGCGGAGUGCAAAGGCGAAGAAGGCACGAGAAGAAGCAAUUGCGGAGGCAACAGUGGACGAAAAGCAAGAUGAGCAUUCCAAGCAGCCAUUCUUGCCCCGGCAAGCUGAGCUGGGGGCCGAUGGAGCAGCGAUCUAUGAGAUGGAUCGAAGGCAUGAAAUCCGUCCAGAGUUGCCAGGUCAGACCAAGAGCCAUGAGAUGGGCACAGCGGAGAGGAAGCAUGAGAUGGGUGUCUCCGAACCAGCGGCGGCAGAGCUAGAAGCGCCUCUGAAAUGA